UAGGGGUAGACCCGGGUAGACGGGGGUAGACCCGGGUAGACGGGGGUAGACCCGGGUAGACGGGGGAGCGGCCGCUCAAGGCAUUAACGGGAAGGCGGCUGAAGAAUCUGAAAGUGAGUUGGGAAUGGCCGCUACUAUCACUCACACAAGUCACGUCUUCCCGAGAGCGGGGCGGGAGGCGCCAUGCGCAGGACCUGGUGCCAAGUGGUGAGACGCUGAGGAAGAUGGCGUAUGUACAGUUGGAACCAAUAAACCAGGGCUUUCUGUCCAGAAUAUCCGACUUUCUGCUGUUCCGGUGGAGCUGCAGGAAAUGCUGUCAGAAUAGCUGUUGUCAGCCCAGCGAGGACGAGGUGGAAAUAUUGGGACCUUUCCCCGCACAGACUCCGCCAUGGCUAGUAAGUGAUCGCAGCAACGAUCAGGAAACAGACAUGGAGAACAUGAGCAGUGAUCCUCCACCACCUUGCUUGGGGAUCUCACCCGACAGAAAGAGUUCCUCAUCCACAUCACCGUCUACCUACAGCCUCGCCAGGAGGAUUUCAAAUCUCGAGCCCAUCAGACGUCCAAGUUCUCCUCUGCUUGACAUCAAACCCAUUGAGUUUUGGGCAAUUGGAUCUAAGAAGGAAAUAGUGCAACCAAAAGUAUUCAGGAAGCCUGUGUCCGAGGACUAUUUUCAGAAAUUUGAGCCCAGGCUGUAUUCUGUCGAUUCAAGCAGUGACGAUAUGGACUCUCUGACUGAUGAAGAAAUCCUGUCCAAAUACCAGCUGGGCAUGCUUCACUUCAGCACCCAGUAUGACCUCCUGCACAACCACCUGAUCGUCAGAGUGAUUGAAGCCAAGGAUCUUGCUCCCCCAAUCACAUAUGAUGGUUCAAGACAGGAUAUGGCCCAUUCAAAUCCUUAUGUUAAGAUGUGCCUCUUGCCAGAUCAGAAGAACUCAAGACAGACGGGCGUUAAACGUAAAACACAGAACCCAGUUUUUGAGGAGCGGUACACCUAUGAAAUCCCAUUCUUAGAAGCUCAGAGGAGAACUCUGCUUUUAACAGUUGUGGACUUUGAUAAGCUUUCACGCCAUUGCGUCAUUGGAAAAGUUGCGAUGUCCUUAAAUGAAGUGGACCUUGUGAAGGGUGGACACUGGUGGAAAGCACUCAUUCCAAGCUCUCAGCGUGAAGUGGAACUCGGGGAAAUAUUGAUCUCCCUUAAUUAUUUACCAAGUGCGGGAAGACUAAAUGUGGAGAUUAUUCGAGCAAAACAGCUCCUUCAGACAGACAUGAGCCAAGGGUCAGAUCCAUUUGUUAAGGUCCAACUGGUUCAUGGACUGAAACUGAUGAAAACAAAAAGGACGUCGUGCAUGAAGGGAACCAUAGAUCCAUUCUACAACGAAUCUUUCAGCUUCAAGGUUCAAUCAGAAGAACUGGAAGAUAUCAGCUUAGUUUUUACAGUCUAUGGUCACAACAUGAAAAGCAGCAAUGAUUUUGUUGGCCGGAUCGUCAUUGGUCAGUACUCCACAGGUGCCCCCGAGUCUAAUCACUGGCACCGCCUGCUCAAUCUUCACCGCACCUCAUCCGAACAAUGGCACAGCCUCCGCUCCAGGGCAGACUGUGAUCGUGUCUCCUCAGCUUCACUGGAAGUAACGUGAUAGGAGUCACACUGGUCUACCCAGGCAGCAGCUUGUUGCUGUUCCUACCGGAUCGAUAAACACCAGGCAGAAUGAGCUCAUGCACCUUGGCAAAGAGGAAAAAAAGCUUCUUUGAUUUGUUAUCUUAAAAGUUAAAACUAUGCGACAAAUGUAUUAGUAAAUUAAUUUUUGAAGUGCUAACAAACGAUUUGUAAUGGCCCAUAUUGUUAACAUGCCGUCACAAGCCAGUCGUGCAAGAAAUAACUGAUUUAAGGUGAACUUGGAUGUCCCAAUGUAUGUUUAAAUAGAUCAGUGUGAGCUGUCUUGGUGUCAGUAGUGAAAUAGCUUAGAGUUGUCUUGAAAGAGCUCCCUUUAUGAAAGCUUUAUUGACAUCUGAGGGAUUAUUGUUACGUGGAUAUGACUAUAUAAUCUCUGUGCUAUGUUUCACCCUGCUUAUCAAUAAUCAGCCUGUCAUCGAUAGAUUAUUGAUAUGUUAGAUAGAUGUUUGAGCACAUUAUUGUUGGAUCAUGAGCUGAGAUUUCAUAGAACAGUUACAUUAAUAAUGCAGAACAGAUGUUCCAUUCCUACUGUCACAACCUGCUGCUGUUAAUGUAUCGAUCAACAUAUUUACAGAGUCCAGUGUGUUUGGUGUAUGAGAUUUGGAUCUUUAAUUGGAAGAUGUAUGGAUUUCAUUCUAAUUCUGCAGUCAGCAGGUUACUAGUAAUAAACCAUCGACACCU